ACUUGAAACUCGCAACAUUUAAUGUGAUAUUAUUUUUGUGACUGGGCUAGGCAACCAAAACAACAUUUUCUCUUGAGAUGGCGCUGCAGCUUGCACGUAAUGCAGAGCCAGUGGAAAACGUUGAAGUGUAUGUGAUGUUUGUGAAUACCACAAAUCGAAUAGUAAAUUUAUAUUGGGUGCGAAGAAACGAAGAGCGAAGAAACGUAUAUUCGGAAAAUAUAGAACUAACGUUGAAGCCAAAGCAAGAAGUCAGAGUAAACACCUACAGCUCACAUACAUGGUUUUUCCGGGACUACUUCACCGGUGAGCGCAUGCAUGUUAGAGCCAAGCCGCUGUUUUUUCCCAUACGGAUUCGCCUGCCCAAAAGAGAACAGCCGGACGUGCUCUGCGAUGUGCGAAGUAGAGUUUCAAUACACUUCCCAGUGCGCACACUACGAGAGAACUGCUUGUGGCUGAUUGUCAAGUGGCUGAGUAGCUCGAGCGACUCAGCAGCCAGAGAAUUAAUCAACAGGUUUCAAAUACCUUAUACAUUGAAGCAACAGCUGCGACAUCUAUUAAACUGUAUCCUUAACUAUCGCUGCAUAACGGAGCCCAUAAUUUGAUAAUCAACUGUUGUUGUAGUUAAAAGAUACUUGUAUGUAUAGCGGGGAAUUAAGAUUGCCAAGUUUAAUUACCAAAUAAUUUAAUAGGACUUUUGAUUGAUUUUGUAUUAUUUUACUUAUUUACAAAUUGGCUUGCGAAUUUUCGUUUACAUGUUUCCUAC